AUGUCAAAAUUAAGUUUAUUUUUAAUUUUUUCUCAAUGUCUUUUACUUGUAUUGAGUCAAGAACAAAUUUCUGAUUUUGAUGUGAUUGAUAAAAAUGCUGAUGGUUUAGUUUCUUAUGGAGAGUUUCAGAGUUGGCAUAGAAUUGCUUUGGGCGCUGAGCCUAAGCAGAGUGCUGUUUUCUUCGGCACUCACGAUUUGGACAAAGAUGGAAGAUUAUCUGUGGCUGAAUUCGUUCCUCUUGCAUUUGAAUUAAGCCGAAAACCUGUAAAAGAAGCAGGAAAAGUUUUUCAGAAAUUCGAUUCAAAUUCUGAUGGAUUUUUAAGUGUUGAUGAACUAAAGAAAGAGAAAAUUUCUGACGGAAUAAUUGAUGGUCUUUUGGAUGUUGCUGAUGUGGAUGGUAAUGGAAAUAUUUCAGAAAAGGAAUUUUCAAAUGUUGCAGAUUCUUUUGAAAGUCAUCUAUCGAGAGUUGUCGAAAGUGCAGGUCAAGCUCAAUCAUUAAUGGCAGCCCUAGAUUUGGAUGGAGAUGGAAAAAUUAAUUCGAAAGAAUUAAUAGCACAUAAACGAAAAUUUGGAGUAAAAAAAGAAAAUAAGGACAGUAAUGAGACUGUUGAAUUAGCAAUUAAACAAUUGGAUAUUGACAGAGAUGGAUAUAUUUCUUUUGAAGAAUUAAAACAAUUACCUGAAGUUGUUAUGAAAGCAGCAGGAAUUCAACCAGAAAUUCCUUCUUAA